AUGGCAUCAACGAAAAUAUCUGAUCUAUCAUGGUAUCAUGAUUUUCCACCAUUUUUUACUCUUCAACCAAAUUUUGAUACACGUCGUAAACAACUUGAUGCUUGGUGUUCACUUAUAUUAGAUUAUUGUCGUUUGAAAAAAGUUUGUACAUUUGAUGUUAAUGAUGCUAGUAAAUUUUCACCAUUUAUCAAUGCAAAAAUUAAUCGUCAAUUAGAUAAUAAUUUUAUUCAAAUUUUACUUGAAGAAUUACGUAGUCGAGGUAAUAUUGAAUGGGAAGAUAAAAAUAAACGACGUUGUUUAAUAUUAUGGAAAUCACUUGAAGAAUGGGCUAAAACAGUUUAUCAAUGGAUUACAUCACGAGGUAUGAAUGGAACUGUUUGUACAUUCUAUGAAUUAUUACAUGGUGAUGAUACACGUUCAGCUGAAUUUCAUAAUAUUGAUUCAAAACUUUUUCAUCGUAUUUUAUUUGAACUUGAAAAACGUGGUCAAGCUACUAUAUUUUCUGAAAAUGGUGCUGAUGGCGUGAAAUUUUUAUAA